GAUAGCGAUGUUUACUUCACAUCGUCUGCAUUAAAUUUUCAACGUCUCAUCGAUUUUUGCUUCCUUACUUCGCUAAGUCACGGAAAUCAUGCAUUCUUAGGGAAGAAGUUCCGUUCGGUGUAGGAUAGGAUCUUCCGAGUUCGGCUUGGUAUAGGGCCAUGCUAAUUAUCGUUUGGCGCGGAUGAAUAACAUCAACGAUGAAAAUAUAUGAAACGAACUGUUUUCAUGCUUUUAUCCCUGUAUGAAGUUGUUGGAUACAUCGUGACUGACAGUUUCACCAGCUGGCAUUACUUACAUUGGAGAUGUAACAUAAACGAGCUGUCAAGGAAGUAAGAUAACCGAUAUUGAGAGAGGGGUCACUGCUGUCACUAUGGACAAGGUACUAUUACUGUUGACAUUUGUUAUCGCAAGUCAAGUUUCUGCAGAAAUUGUUUUCACAGUUUUACCAUCCAGUAAAGCAGUCGUGUUCGGAAAUGACUUGACUCUGGACUGUGAUGCACAUGAUACAGCUGAUCCAACAAAGAAGCUGGCUUUCUAUUGGUUUUUUAACUCUGUAUCUAGUCCCCCGGGGUCUUCCAUCUUUACAAAUCACUCCCUGCUGGUUCAGGACUUGAGUGAAACACAAAUUGGAAACUAUACCUGUGGAGUGAUGUCUGAUGAUUUGAAAACUGUUCUGGCAAUCUCUCCCCCAGCGGUCAUCAUUCAUGCUUUCAUCCGGACGUUUCUUACGAAUCCAACAUCCCUGAGUGUGACAGAAGGGGAAGUUAUUGAGCUGGAGUGUGUCACAGGUGAAAGUGCCCCUGCUCCUAUUGUCACAUGGGAGAAGAAUGGCAGACAGUUCUUUGAAGGCGAUCAGUUCACGUCAGUGUUUGGGAUGUCGAGUAUCCCCGGAGUUAUCUCCCAGUAUGCCAUGAAGCUUGUGAUCCAGACAACAUCAUAUGACUCCGGAGAGUACAACUGUGUGGCUCGGAAUACAGCUCUGGGUGUGGAGGUCAGGUCCCUGAAGGUCAACCUACUUGUAGAAGCCCUAGAGAAAGCACCAUAUGUAGACAGCUCGCUGUAUGUACAGACUGUCAUAGCCCCUCGGGACCAGCCCCUUCAGUUGGUCUGUCCAGUUAGGGGCUACCCCAUCCCACACAUCACUUGGGAGUACAAUGGAGCCCCUUUUAUCAGCACCGACUAUUCCCAACUAUUUCCCAAUGGCAGUAUAUUCAUUGUGAACCUCGAGGAGAAAAACGAUGGGCCGUACAUGUGUGAAGGAGUCAAUUAUUUAGGGAGUGUGAAGUCAGGCAUGAUCAAUGUCAGAACGGCCUUUAUUGGUUUGGAGUUUGUGAGCGAGCCAUACCGAGUAUUCACCAUCGCGGGCCAGUCUCAAACCUUGCCUUGUAGUCCACCACGGAGCUAUCCACUUGCUACAGUCAGCUGGUAUAAAAACAACAAGCCAGUUGUUUAUCGGACAGGACAACAGGCAUUGUUUAUUGUUGACCCAGCCAAUAAUGUUUGGGAUCUCUUCUUCGCUGAAGUCCAGAAACCAGAUGAGGGAGAGUACUUCUGUGUGGCAUCUAAUAACUACUCGGUACCAACAACGAGGACAUCCAGUACAGCCGUGAUGAGUGUGGGAGGUGCUCCAAUCUUCCUUCAGCCUCCAAUUGGUGUUACAGCCAUUAAAGGAGAGGGUGUUGCCCUGACUUGUAUGGUUAAUGGUGACCCCUUCCCCGAGAUCCGCUGGCUACAAGACCGCAUCGAUGUUGUCCCAAACAGCCAGGUCACUUUUACACGUAAUUACCAGGAGAUGCACAUAGCAGAUAUCAACAAGGCCUUUGAAGGCACAUACACCUGUCGGGCCAGUAACAGCUACGGAGUCAGGGAGACUGAUGCCUAUGUCAGAGUCUUAGUUCCAGUUGUAAUUGUCAAUCCAGUGGCUAACAUUACAGCCAAGGCAGCGUCAGAGGUCAAGGUAUCCUGUGGUGUUUAUGGUGACCCCAAACCUACUGUGGUUUGGUACAAAGACUCCAUCCUGCUGACACCUAGUGAGCGUUUUUCACCAGUGGAUGAUGGCCUCAUCAUUCAUGAUGUUCAGAUUGCUGAUGCUGGAUUUUAUGGUUGCCAGGCAACCAAUGAGGCUGGAGAGGCUUCAUCACAGGCAGAGCUCAUUGUUUUAGCGACUCCAUUCUUCAUCCAGAUCCCUGAGGACCAGGUGGUUUUGGCUGGCCAAGGCUUUAAUCUGACCUGUGAAGUUGAUGGAAACCCUAAGCCUUCUGUAGACUGGCUCUUUAAUGGAACCAAUUUGUUUCCGCCGGGAAUAUUUGUGUCUCUGGAUAAGCGCCAUCUUCAGGUGACGGAUACUUCAUGGCUACAUGUGGGUAAAUACACAUGUGUUGCAGCCAGUAUGGAAGGUGCCAUCAGUUCCACGGCCAUCAUAGCUCUACAUGUUCCACCACGGGUAUACAGGAUCGUUGGUAACGCCAUUGUGUAUGUCACCAAGGACCUAGAACUGACUUGUCUGGUAGAUGGCGUCCCUGCUCCCAACAUCAACUGGAAACACGACGGUCACCAGGUCGGACCUUCGUUUGAUGGCCGUGUGUCCUUUCCGGAGAGACACAGACUGUUGGUCAAGGUCACGGGGCCCUCUGAUGCAGGAGAGUACAAAUGUGUGGCAGACAACUUAGCUGGCAGGUCAGAGAUGGCUAUUGAUGUUUUUGUUAUCGAGCCUCCCAUCCCUCCCCAGGUGAUGGACCCUACCCCGAUAUCCUCCUCUGCCAUACAAGUGACAUGGAGACCGGUCACACAGAAAUCUCAUACGAUUGUGUCACAAUAUGUCCUUUACUACAAAGAAAAGUUAGACCUAGACUAUACCAGGCACCCUGCAGUUAUCCUGGGGACAGAGACAGCCUUUCUAGUGCAGUACCUCACCCCAGGGGCUGAGUACUUCUUCACCAUAUCGGCCGUCAAUACUGCUGGAGAGGGGGGCCGCAGCAACGUCAAGAUUGCAAAGACCUUUGACUCAGGUCCAUCAGCUCCUAGGAAUCUCCAUGUAACAGAUGUGGGUCCUUCUCAGGUUGAGCUAGUUUGGGAAAUUCCAGCUCAGACCAAUGGAGAGAUCAGAAAAUACAGGAUCUGGUACAGACAUAGGGCUGGAGGACUUAGUCCCAAGACUGUAGAAUUCUUUAUUAACGGACUUGUAGUUGCCCCGACCUACACUGUCAUGAACCUUGACCCCUACACUGACUACGAGUUUCUCUGUCCAAGGACCACCAUUGAGAAUGGUGUGGAGCUAUGGGGAAACCUGUCCACGACAAUAGAUACAAAGACAGGUGUCACAGCCCCAAGUGGCAGUCCUGUGGACCUAAUGGUGAUCGCUCUCUCGCCCUAUGUUGUGCAGGUCACCUGGAAUCCUGUUCCAUUGCCACUACAACGGGGCCCUAUCACAAAAUACCAUGUCCGCUAUCGACCUGCUGCUACCUUCACCUUCCUGUCAGAUAUCGUAGUCAACAGUGCCGAUUUAAAGGUCAAUAUCACCGGGCUGUUACCAUGGAGCUGGUACUCUUUUCUUGUAGAGGCGGAAAAUGCCGGAGGUGUGGGUCCCCCUUCAAGUGAGAUUGUUGUUCGGACCAAACAAGCUGCACCUUCUGGGAAACCACUGAAUCUCAUGGUUGAAGCCGUUUCUAUGGAUACAAUCAAGGUGAUGUUUAGUCUGCCGGACCCUGCUACAUGGAAUAGUGAACUUACUGGGUUUUUAGUGGAGUAUGGUAAAUACAGGGACAGUGAGGACACCUCUGAGACCAUCAACACGUACAGCCUGGACACUCUCAGCCUUAAUAUCAGUAACUUGGAGGUGUGGACCCAGUACCAGGUGAGAGUAGCUCUGAUUUCCGGUCCAUACAACACCUUACAGGGGCCAUUCACAGACUGGAUUAUUGUCAAGACCAAGGAAGCAGUGGCAGGAGCAGUGACAAAUAUUCGCUUUACAACAACACCAACCAGUAUCACCAUAAACUGGGACCCUCCUUCACAAUUAAAUGGAAUCAUCCAAGGCUAUGUGGUGGAGUACUACAUCUUGUCUAGUGAGGGAGGAACAGGUGUCAGUACAGCACAAGGAAAUGGGAAAGAUAAUACUACAGCCGGUGAUGACAUCAGUGUAAACAAUGAUGUAUCAGAGCAGACAAUGGUUAGAAGGAGCGUUGACAUCAAAGAGUUAUUGCCUCAAUUCAGAUCGGGUCAAGGUCGCAGUGACCAUUUUGCUAAAGUAAGCAAGAACUUGAUUCCUCUGGAAGAUUUUGUUAGUUUUCUCGCAGAAAUGAAACCACAACUUUUAUCUGAACAAAAUAUCCCCAAUGGUUUUAUCAGUAGGAUCGACUUUAAAGGUAAAAAAUCAUUUAAAAGAAAUUUAAAGUCAGAUGCAGUUGAAAUUUUAAACAUUGAUGGAAAAAAAUAUAUGAAACUGGAAAAGAGAAGUUUAAAAGAAGCAACAUCAUUAAAGUUACCUCACCACUUGGUGAAGCGAAAUGUUGACCAGUCCAGCUGGGAGAGUGACCUUCCAGAUUGGGUGACGACUACUGACCUCGAUAAGCUGAAGACCAUGUGCAGUAUUCUGAUCAGGACAAAUCCGACAGCCCUUCGACUCCUGGAUACAAUAGUACUGAACGUGAGUAGAGCCUCCAAUCGAGGGGAUCACACUGCAGCACUUCUGUCGGAAAUCUUGGCUGCUUGGUCAGUGAGACUGGACGAUGAUCAGCUUGUGUUUAAUACCAGUACAAACCUGAUGUCACUUCAGGAAGAGGUCCAGGCUUGGCUGCUACAGGGAAAUGUGUCCAUGUGGAGUCUGUGCUACAAGUUACAGGACCAAGGUGGUGCCAUUUCAUUGACAUCGUUGACAACUACCAAAACCUCGACAAUACUUCUUGACUUGCUGCCCUCAUCUACAUAUUCCAUCACUGUCUCUGCGUACGGAGAAGCAGGCAGGGGAGAUAACCACACUGUUAACAUUACAACAGAUAAGUUGCCUCCACCUCCGCCACCGCCAUCGACUCCCUCUCCUACCACCCCUUCUCCACCCCCACCCUCAACAACAAUCGCCCUUCAGUCGACAGGGGCAGACAACUCUGAUGAGUUCCUGGCAGCAGUUAUAGGGGGCAGUCUGGCUGGUGUGUUCCUCGUUACCAUGGUAUUUGUACUGGGUAUUUGUCUGUGUGUAAAAUGGAGGACCACUUCAGGAACCAUUGGUAGAAGCAAAACUCCAGAACCAAUCAUUCUUGAUAAUGAUUCAAGGGCAAGUUCUUCAAGAAGUGAAUCAGGGACAUCUUCUGUGGUUGAGGAAAAUAUUCAGUAUGGUCAGGUGGACAUUAAUAUUGACAACAUUCAAUUUGAUGGAGCGAGCACAAUGAGGUCACGGUCAGUUCCAGAAGGCUAUGGUAGUUUGAAGGGAGCUAGUAAUAUGACAUUACAAGUACCAAGUCUGGCGAGGAGUGCACACUCAGUCACAGGAGUACAGAACCCUGUGUUUUUGGGAGAUCAGCAUCACCAUGGUUACCAGGAUGAAGAUCAAGAAUCCAUGGCUGUGUCCAUAGCACUCUCAGCAGAAGAAGUUUACUCCCAGGCUAGCAACACAUUGAAAAGAAAGAACCGCAUGAGAAGUGAAUCAGCGGCAGCCAUUGCUGUGAUGAGGACAAGUGCCAUCCCCGACAUUGGAGCACUUCAUGGAAACGACACAGACAAUCUCAUCAAAAAUGAUUCCGUAGUAGUGUACACUGAAAGAACAGCUCUGUGAACUUCAAGUCAUAUAUUCUUAAAGUGGAGGAAUUUUGUCUCAGGAAUCUCAAGAAGAGAAGCACCAAUUUACUUCUGAGUGAGGUUUGAUUUAGGCCUAGAAUAUUUAAUGUGUAUUUUAGAAUGUUCUAGGGUCUGACAGUAUAUGGACAAGGUUUAUAGGUGAAUAAAAUGUCAGAAAAGAUGCUUAAAAGCUGGAAGAAUUCAGAUUUAUCUAUCCAAAGAUGGAAAGGAAAAUUCUUUGUAUUCCUUCGUUAUUUUAGCAGGAAUGUGUCAGUUGGCAUCUCCUAGAAUUCCAAGGUAGAAGAAAGAAAGGAUAAGAUAGUGUAUUCUGUUUCAGACAGAUUGUGAGCAUUGAUUUCGUAAUCUUUGAUGCCUGGUAUAGAAAAAAGAAAAUUCCAUUUCAUUCAUUAACUGAAAGAUUAAUUUCAGUGUUACAAUUAUAAUGAUAUGUAUAGAGAUUUGGAUGGCAGGUGUGAAGUGAUCAGGACUGCCCUGUGAUAGAGCUAUUUGUUUAUGGCCAUGUAUGUAUGAUGUUAUUAACAGGUUUUCUCUCCAUUGAGUGGACACAUCAGUAAGACUGACACAAUAGCAGCAAAAUUCCAAUUGGAUUUUGUCAUGAAUUUUAAAGAAUAAUAUAAUACAUUACAAUAAUUGUUUUUAUACCAAAUUUUAUUGUAAGUUAUUGUUCAUGUUUUAUUGAAAAGCAUAGUAGAUAGACAGUAUGAGCCCAUAUUAUACUUGCUUUAAACAUAGUUAUUAAAGGUUUAUGAUUUUAUACAGAUAUAUUGAUUUAACCUGGCCUGUCUUUAUUCACAUCUUAAUCGUUCACAUUAAAAGCUGAUCUUUUUUUUAGCUAUGAGCAAAAUCAAAUUCAUAAAUAAAUUAUAUUUAUUGUAAUUAUUACAUUUACAUUCCUUAAUAAGUCUUGAUGUGUUUACUUACUGUUCAGGUACACUCAAUGUACAUUCCUGUCAUUAAGAGUGGUUGUGUUAUAUACUGCAUAGAUGUAAAGAUAUGUAGCUGCGCCAUUAGGAAGUUACUGGUGUCAAACUCCAGUUGUUCAUACAAUGGUGUUGUUUAUCUGUGAAUUUUAGGUACAUUUAUUUAGCAGCAUGAUUUACAUGGAAUCUGGUGCUUGUUGGUUCUUAUUUUACUGAGCCAGAUUUUUAACCUCAAUGGCUAGUUGUAUAAAUAUGUAGCUCCCUUGCAUAUUUAGGGAAGUAGCAGUGUGAUAAACUGAUUCCUGGCAUACUUGUGAAUUUAGUGCAAUAUUUGUAGGAUAAUUUACCAACAUACAAUGUAUCAGAACAUUUCAUGUUUAAUAUAUCAUUCCCUAUAGAGAAAUUAUGAUUAUAUUUCAACUGAAUAUCAUUUCGUUGAUCGUUUUCAGUUGAUUAAAAUCAGAAAAGUUUGUUACAAUUAGAAUUGUUAUUAUAUAAGAAAUGUCAUGAACAAAAAAAUCAAAUGAAAUUGAAAUUAGAGGAUGUCAAUGUUUCGUUGGUGUAUGUUGCUUUACUAGCCAAGACAUUUAUUUACAGAUGACCAUUAAAUGAUUCAUUUAUAAAUAAAUAUAGAUAUAUGAUUAUGAGGUAUGAUAUAGAUUUUGUAAUAUGAAGAAAUUAUUUAUAAAAAAAAUAAUUUAAAUUAAUUGUCUUUAAAUUAAUACAAAAUGUAAUUUUACAGUAUACCUUUAAUAUUCUCACUAUAACUACCAGAUGUCAUUUGAAAUAUUUGUUAAGCAUUCAACUUGGGAAACUAACCCCAGUCUCUAAUGCAAUACAAAUAGUGUGACUUAUGACUCAAUGUCAAAAUAUAGAAAACAUACAAUAAUUAUUAUAGCUUUGACAAUAUCAUUAAUUAUUAUAGAAGAAAAACUAAGUAUGAUACAAGACACCAUUAAUGAUACUAUUACAUACAAAUUGACAUUAACCAUAUAUAGAAGAGAGGAAUGGAAUGUUACAGUUGUAUGUUUUCUCAGCACAAUUUUGUUGUGACACAAAAGUAAAUUCCAUAUCACUUCCUCCUCAAAAUCCAUUAUGUUGUAAUUUAAAACUUGCACGUGUAUAUUGUACUGAUGGCUAGUACAUUACAUAAAUCUUACUUAUUAGCUCACCGGUUACGAGUAACCGAGAGCUAAUGCUGUCACCCCGGCGUCCGCGUCGGCGUCCCACCCCAAAACUUUAAAGUUUUUGGAGUAAGUUUUUUGAAAGCUUGUAAGUCCAAAAGUAUACACCUCAAGCCCUUCUAAAAUGGUUUAUACAUUCAUUAGAUGUCUAGGAAUGAUGUUAUGGCAAUAUCACGCAGAAAAAAAUCACGAUUUUUUCACAUUUUUCCAUUUUGUGGACUUAACUUUUUUUGCACCAAACCUCACUU